GACUUAAGUAAAGAUCAAGAAAUCAAGGCCAGGGCUUGAGCUGCGUCACUAUAUGGUCCUAGACUUUUCAACUCCCUCUUUGAAGCUUACACAACAUCUUGGAAAAGUAUAAAAACAACAACAAGAAACAUGUCGUCAACCCCUAUGGCGAUAGACUCUCCAUUAGGUGCGAAUGGUACUUCCAUGUUGAAAGCAAACGGAGUCUCAUCAGUCCCACAGACUGGCAAACUGACUGAGAUGAUCUCAUUAUACCAUCCAGUCAAGCUUUUCAAACAUCCUCCGACACCUGCAGACAAAGGGCAAACUCCUCCGAGUUACAACUUUAUUCAGUCUAUCAAUUUCAAUGACAAUGGCAGUCAGCUUAUCACGUCAGAAACUGAUAACACUAUGCAAAUAUAUGAUGUUCUCGAAGGAAGACAUUCAAAAAUGAAUAUUAGUGCCAAGUAUGGUUGUAACCAUGCAAUGUUUGGCCAUGCUGAACAUUGUAUAAUCCAUUCUAGUACCAAAAAAGACCACAAGAUACGUUAUCUAUCUGCUCAUGACAAUUCUUAUAUUCGUUACUUUGAAGGUCAUGAACAAAAUGUCACAUGUCUAUCCCUUCAUCCCGGCCAAGAUAAUUUUAUUUCAUGCUCUGAAGACAACACUCUUAGGAUCUGGGACGCAGCUUCCAACAAUCCUUCUGGUAUUCUGAAUCUUACUGGUGUUCAUCUCGUUGCGUGGGACCCUUCCGGAAACGUCUUUGCAGCUGCUUCCCCACUAGCUCAAACAAUUUUACUCUACGACUUCCGCAAUUUUGACAAGGAACCGUUUGCUACUUUUGAUAUAUUACCAUAUUGCCAAGAAUUUUCCCCUCAAGCAAUUGGAAGAGGGUGGAACAAAUUGGCGUUUUCGAAUGAUGGGAAGCACUUGUUACUCGGCACGACUGGCAAUGGGCAUUUCUUACUAGAUGCAUUUGAUGGGCAUCUGAAGGCAUUCUUGAGGAGGAAUAGAGGUGGCGCCAGAAGACUAGGAGCUGGCGAUCACAACCCAGAUAAUUUGGAUCCUUCAUCAAGUGAAUACCUCCACACCACUGCCGGAGAUUGCUGUUUUACUCCUGAUGGAAGAUAUGUAAUUAGUGGAUCUCGAGGAAAGAAUGUCUUGGUAUGGGACACCCUUGCGGCUACAACAAAUCGGGUCCUCAGUCCUUUGCAUGAAUUGGAUUACCCAGGCGAAACGGCAAUUGUUGCUUUUAACCCCAAGUACAACCAUUUUGCUACAGCAGAUCAAGAAGUUCUGUUUUGGGUUCCGAAUACAGAUAUGCUCUGAUUGCCUCUUGUGGGAUGUAUAUGAUUUGUGGUUAGAAAAGCAAGAUCUAUGUUGUGUUUUAGAUUGGCAAUACCCAAGUGAUGUGCGGAUAGGCGUUGUGGGAAGGAGUCUAGGGCAUAUUCAAUAAAAAGUUGUUGUAGAUGACACGCUCAGCAUGUGCUUGAGCCGCCUAUUCAAUCUCGACAGUCCUUGAAUCUUGGUUGUUUGUCAUUCGUUGCUGGGAUUGGGAAUUUGAAGCUAUUGUUGCUAGCUAUUCGAAAGUCGGGCGAAGACUUCAGAUCAGUUACCACUACUACUCGUUUCCUUGCCGUUCUUACCAAAUUGCUCCAAUAUUUCUCUUCUUCCCUUAUGGUCUCAAUCGAAUUCAUUCCAGAUCUGUCUGGCCUCUUCAAACCCAAGAACCGGAAGCCCUUCACUUCAUUAAAUAACUCAACCCAAUCGCUUCCCUUCUAUUGUGCGUUCAAAUUUGCCAACAUAUUGAUGUCCAUAGUCCUCAUAGCUUGUUUCUCCA